AUGUUGGAGAAUGUUGAGGAUAUCAAAAUUCUCCGUGGCGGUCUAACAUACACCGACGAAGAAGUCGAUUUUCAAAUUCAAGAAGUCGAUUCGGCUUCUCGUGUCAACGUCAUCCAACCACCAGCACCUCUUCAGAAUCUCUCAUUUAAAACUGCUCAAGCUCUGCCACGAACGUCUUCAAAAACGACGACGUCGUCUUCUGAAUCAGAUGACGUGGAACCACCGAUGAGAACGGCCAAGGAGGAGACAGAAAACCACCCGAAAACUGCAAUUUCCGGAGAGAUUCCCGAAAAAAUGAAUACAGCAAUUUCGGAAAAAUCAACGAAAACUAUGCGUCUAUCGGCUACUGUAACUAAUACUACUGCUGGAAAUUCGGCUGAAACGAUUUCUUUGAAAACUGGAAGAGAUUAG